AGUAUAAAUAAUGGCAAUUGGGCCAUUGGUAGAGCAGUACCACAGUUCCACUGAAGUAUCACGGAUAACCAAACGGACGCAGCACAGAGAUGAAAGUAUUCGCAUUGACCUUCUUGAGCCUGCUGGCUUUCAGCCAGGCCCGCUUGGACUACUCUCUGCAGUGCGCCCGCGGCGAGAUCGGCAUCCGCUGGCCCAGCUACCACAGCAACUCGGAGUACUAUGUGUGCCCGAGCAUCUACGGCAGCCAGUUGACUGUCCACUGUCCUGCCGGCGAGGUCUUCACCUUUGUCCUCCAGCAGUGCGUGUCGCCAGCCCACUACAUCCCAGCCCCCCAGAUGGAUGUCCUGCCCACCUCUGCUCCCAUCACCAUGCACGUUGUCGAAAAUGCACCACCAGUGAUCUCCGGAGUGUCUCACCCAGAGAGCCCGGUGCACCAUGAGCAGCAGGAGCACCAUGAACACCACGAGCACCAUGAGCAGGAGGUUGAGGUGCACCCCAUCCCACCAACCCCGGCCCCAGAGCCACCAACCCCACCCACCGUUGCCGUUAAGCCUGCUGUGCCCGUGCCCGGAAAGAAGGUCCCGGUUCCUGUGCCCGGCAAGAAGGCUACCGUUCCAGUGCCCCACAAGGCUGCCAUGGCGAAGAAGCCCACCGCCACACCCAAGAAGCCAGCUGCUCCGACUCCUUCCAAGGCCGCCAAGAAGCCGACGCCACCCAGCAAGGCCCAGAAGAAGCCAGCCACCGCCUAAGACCCAAUCCUUACGAAGAUCGCCAGUUCAAUCCCCAUCCUUCAGCAAGCGGAAUUUCAUUCACUACUCUAAAUAACAGCUCAAAGUAAUUAAAUAUGUAACUGGCAACGAC